UCGGCAGCUCCUUCCAGGAUCCGCGUGACCUUCCGCAUGUUCUACCGCACAGUCCGGGGAGGGGGCUGGCGGAGUCCAAGAACUUCUCCUUGAGGCCGGGGAGUCUCGGCGGACCCUCCGGGCCCAUCGGAGAUAUGAAAUGUUCAAUUCAAUGGGAAAAAGAGGUCAUUACAAAUGCAGUGUGAUUAUGUGCAUUGACAGAAAUACAGAGUCAUGUAGGAUUAUAGAAGACAAGCCCCUGACCCAGCUUAGAAGACGUGAGGCAGAGUCGCUUUAUUUCUAACACCAAUUUCAAACUAUUUACCCUUGGAUAACAGUGCAAUUCUAUGAAAGUAUGGCUGGUUAUAAGCCUGUAGCGAUCCAGGCAUAUCCUGUACUUGGUGAAAAAAUCACCCAAGAUACACUGUACUGGAACAACUAUAAGACCCCUGUUCAGAUCAAGGAGUUUGGUGCAGUGUCAAAAGUAGACUUUUCUCCACAGCCUCCGUAUAAUUAUGCUGUCACAGCUUCUUCAAGGAUUCACAUUUAUGGCCGAUACUCCCAAGAACCUAUAAAAACCUUUUCACGAUUUAAAGACACAGCAUACUGUGCUACUUUUCGGCAGGAUGGUAGACUGCUUGUGGCUGGCAGUGAAGAUGGUGGCAUUCAGCUUUUUGAUAUAAGUGGCAGGGCUCCCCUCAGGCAGUUUGAAGGCCAUACUAAAGCAGUUCAUACAGUAGAUUUUACAGCUGACAAAUAUCAUGUGGUCUCUGGGGCUGAUGAUUAUACAGUUAGAUUAUGGGAUAUUCCAAACUCCAAAGAAAUUCUGACAUUCAAAGAACAUUCUGAUUAUGUGAGGUGUGGAUGUGCUAGCAAACUGAACCCAGAUCUCUUUGUAACAGGGUCAUAUGAUCACACUGUGAAGAUGUUUGAUGCACGAACAAACCAGAGUGUUAUCUCUGUUGAUCAUGGGCAGCCAGUGGAGAGUGUCCUGCUUUUUCCCUCUGGAGGUCUUCUGGUAUCAGCAGGAGGUCGUUAUGUUAAAGUCUGGGACAUGCUAAAAGGAGGACAGUUGCUAGUGUCUUUGAAAAAUCAUCAUAAAACUGUGACGUGCUUAUGUCUGAGCAGCUCUGGACAGAGGUUACUUUCUGGCUCACUGGAUAGGAAGGUGAAAGUAUAUAGCACAAGUUCCUAUAAAGUAGUCCACAGUUUUGAUUAUGCAGCUUCAAUUUUGAGUCUUGCACUUGCACAUGAAGAUGAGGCAAUAGUUGUAGGAAUGACCAAUGGAAUACUGAGUGUUAAACAUCGGAAAUCUGAAGCAAAGAAGGAUUCUCUUCCCAGGAGAAGAAGGCCUGCAUAUCGAACUUUUAUUAAAGGAAAAAAUUAUAUGAAACAACAGGAUGACAUUUUGAUCAACAGACCAUCAAAGAAACACCUAGAAUUGUAUGACAGGGAUCUGAAAAACUUCCGGAUCUCUAAGGCACUUGACAGAGUCCUUGAGCCCAGUUGUGCAAUAAAGACGCCUGAGAUUACAGUUUCCAUCAUAAAGGAGCUAAACCGAAGAGGAGUCCUUGCAAAUGCCCUUGCAGGUCGAGAUGAAAAGGAAAUCAGUCGUGUUCUUAAUUUUUUGAUAAGGAAUCUGUCCCAGCCAAGAUUUGCCCCUGUUUUGAUUAAUGCUGCUGAAAUAAUUAUUGAUAUAUAUCUACCUGUGAUUGGUCAGUCACCUGUAGUUGAUAAAAAGUUUUUGUUACUUCAAGGACUUGUAGAAAAAGAGAUUGAUUACCAAAGAGAACUACUAGAAACCUUGGGGAUGAUGGAUAUGCUUUUUGCUACCAUGACAAGGAAAGGAAGCACUUCUUUGUUGCAGCAUAAUACAUCUGAUGGAUUUCUAGAGAACAAGAAGAUUGAAUCAUAGUGUGUGCUUAACAGGACACAGAAGAACUCCUAACUUGGAAUAGAUUUGAUGCGGUUGACUACUGGGAGGAGACUCUGUUUGAUACAUUAAAAAAAACUAUUUACAGAAGCAAUUUUUUGGAAGAGACUGGAAUAACUGUGCUUGGAAAAUAAGAACCUGUUUUUAAUCAUGGUUUUCCAUGUGCUAUUUUGAAUUAUCUCCUGGCAUCUUUAGCUGGAAGAUGUUUUGGUCAUAGUGUAUGUCCAUCUUGGACAAAUUGACAUUAAUUUUUUUUUUUUUUUUCUUCGGUAUGCGGGCCUCUCACUGUUGUGGCCUCUCCCGUUGCGGAGCACAGGCUCCAGACGCGCAGGCUCAGCGGCCAUGGCUCACGGGCCCAGCCUCUCCGCGGCAUGUGGGAUCUUCCCAGACUGGGGCACGAACCCGUGUCCCCUGCAUUGGCAGGCAGACUCUCAACCACUGCGCCACCAGGGAAGCCCGACAUUAAUUUUACUACAGCAGAGUUCUGUUUCAGCAUUUGAGUAGGCAUUCAGAACUCUGGAGAGGGUUUCAACUAGGAAUACUGCCAAAGGAACAGGGCUUUACUUUUCCCUUCUAUCCUGGAAAAACAACAACAACAAAACAAAUGGCAACAACAAAUAAAUUCUUUCUUCACUCUAAUCGGGGCACUUGGGAUUCCCAAGCCCCAGCCGAGUUUGCCUCCCUCUCCUUGAUGCCAUCCCUUAUCCCAGGCCACGUGUUCCACCUAGCUGGUAAUUGGGCUGUAUCUGUUCCAAGUGUGGCAAAUUAGUGGCCAACUCUGAAUGAUUGACCCUAGUUUGACCUGUAUUCAGAGAGUGUGAUGAGGCAGAUUUGAAUACUAAAAAUUGUGCUCAGCAGCCCAUGGUUCUUUUUCUUUCUGUAAUCUUGACUGUGCUUCUCAGAGCAAGGUCUGCAGGUAGGCCUUACAGACCAUGUUUUUCCUCUUCCCCAAAUAUGCAGCCUUUCUACCAGCUUUUCAACUUGCUUCAGGUCAGCAGAAUGAUAAAAUUUGCCAUGUCUCGUGAUUAAUAGCCUUUCAGCGUUUUUUAUACAUAUUGAUAUAUUUGGAGCUUAUUUUGAAGCUACCUACCUCUGAAAACCAUUUGAUCUGUGUUUAGGUUUUUUUUUUUCCCCUCUAUUCUUAACAUCAUUUUGUGUUUCAGAACCCCAAGCCAGAGUAGCUUGUUUUGGAAAAUACUUGUGUUUUUAAAAAAAAGUUCAAUGUAAUUCACAUUUUUUUAUAAAGAAAUUCAUAUUUUCUUCUUGGCUUUCUGAGAUGUUUCAAUUCCUGAUGGAUAGUCACUGGUUACUGAUUCCUAGCACACUGAUUUUACACUUGCUACCUUUUCCACCUUCCCCCAGUUCCUUAAGUAGUUAAUUAUCUGUAAGGAAAUGUCAGGCCAGAAGAAUUCUUAAAGGAAGAUUUUGUAAUUGCAGUCUCCUCUUAAAAUUUCAGUUCUGUGAAUUCAUAUAUAUAUAUAAAUAUAUAUAUAUAUAUAUAUAUAUAUAUUUUUUUUUUUUUUUUCGGUACACGGGCCUCUCACUGUUGUGGCCUCUGCUGUUGCGGAGCACAGGCUCCGGACGCGCAGGCUCAGCGGCCAUGGCUCACGGGCCCAGCCGCUCCGCGGCAUGUGGGAUCCUGCCGGACCGGGGCACGAACCCGUGUCCGCUGCAUCGGCAGGCUGACUCUCGACCACUGCGCCACCAGGGAAGCCCUCAGAUAUAUUUUUUUAAAGCAGAAAAAAAUAUUCCUGUGUUCUGAUGAGGACAUAUGCUCAAACAGAGGGUCUGGUUUCCCCCUCAUCAAUUGAUUUAAGUAAUCAUGAAGCCCAGUGGCUUAUAAGAAACCAGGAGUUUGCUUCCCUGAGUAAUUAUGAGAUUAGUCAAGGUUAGAAACUGUGUCUUCAUGUUAAGAAGGGUUAAUUUUUUAAAAUAAAUUUAAAGCUUUUAAAAAAAUGUAACUUCAUAAAUAUGCUGAUAGAUUGGAUACUAUCAAUAGUAAGAAUGAAAGGUUAAAAUCUACCAAAAAACUGCCAUGAACUCACAUGUGACAAGGGUUUUCCCGUACAUUAUUUUACUUAAUUCUCACCGCAACCAUCCAAAGUUGGUAUUCUCAUUUAUCAUUGAAUUUACUACAGUAGUUAAUUCACCCUUGAAUUCCCCCAAGCUUGAGUCCCUCAUGCCAGCACCCUGAACUGGCCUGCCUGCUGGGGCCCAAACCACUCAUUCCCUUUGACAAAACUUCACAGAGUGCUGCCGUUUUUAGAUGAAAUAUGUAACGAUUACAAAUUUUCAAAAAGAUUAGGAAACAAUUCCCAUAGCCAUCAAUACUUCAGUGUUAAGUUCAGGAAUAGUUUUUUAUAGUCAUUGGGACAAACUGUAGUAUUUGCUAUUUGAAGUAGUAUUGGAACAUACCUGGCAUAUUACAGUAUGUAACACUGGCCUUCAUUUCCAACUUAAAAUGCCUAACAGAUUUUUAGACUUGUAAAUUUUAGUUGAAAUGUAUUUUAAGAUCUUAGAAAGCCUGCAGAAAUACUGAAAUAUGUCAGAGAACUUAGUCACUGUACAUUUAAUUUAUUAUAUUUAUAAGAGUUAAGUACUUGGGAAGGUUUUGCUUGUUGGGUCAAGCAUUUGAAGUGCUAUUUACAAGAAAAUAUCUUAAAAGUGUAAAUGCUAUUAAACUGUUUAAAGGA